AUGGCAGGUAGCGGCGGCGUGGGCGGCGGGGCCGGAGGCGUCCAGGGCGCGGGGGCCGGGCCGGGGGCCGCGCUGCGGGCGCCGCGGGUGCCGCUGUUGCUCGCCGCGCUGGUGCUCGGCGCCUACUGCCUUUGCACCCUCCCGAGCCGCUGCCCGCCGGCCGCCCGCGCCCCGGUGCCGGCCCCCGCGCGCGCUGAGUCGCUCCGCGCCGUCGGCAGCCCCGGGGCGCCAGGCCUGCCGGUGGCCAGCGGCCCCGGACGCCGGCGCUUCCCGCAGGCGCUCAUCGUGGGCGUGAAGAAGGGCGGCACGCGCGCCCUGCUGGAGUUCUUGCGGCUGCACCCCGACGUCCGCGCGCUCGGCUCUGAGCCCCACUUCUUCGACAGGUGCUACGAGCGCGGCCUCGCCUGGUACCGGAGCCUGAUGCCACGCACCCUGGACGGGCAGAUCACCAUGGAGAAAACCCCUAGCUACUUCGUGACUCGGGAGGCUCCUGGCCGCAUCCACGGCAUGUCCCCGGACACGAAGCUGAUCGUGGUGGUGCGGAACCCCGUGACUCGGGCCAUCUCCGACUAUGCCCAGACUCUCUCCAAGACCCCGGGCCUGCCCAGCUUCCGUGCCCUGGCCUUCCGCCACGGCCUGGGCCCUGUGGACACGGCCUGGAGUGCCGUGCGCAUCGGCCUAUACGCCCAGCACCUGGACAACUGGCUGCGCUUCUUCCCCCUGUCCCGCUUCCUGUUCGUCAGCGGCGAGCGCCUGGUCAGCGACCCGGCGGGAGAGGUGGGCCGUGUGCAGGACUUCCUGGGCCUCAAACGGGUGGUCACGGACAAGCACUUUUACUUCAAUGCCACCAAGGGCUUCCCCUGCCUCAAGAAGGCCCAGGGGAGCAGCAACCCGCGCUGCCUGGGGAAAUCCAAGGGCCGGCCCCACCCCCGGGUGCCCGCGGCCGUGGUCCAACGGCUGCGGGACUUCUACCGGCCCUUCAACCGCAAGUUCUACCAGAUGACUGGCCAGGACUUCGGUUGGGACUGAGCAGGACAGGCCAUCCUGUGUGGACACUCAGGAACCUCAGUUGGUGCCCAUCCCCUGGCCAGAGCAGCCCGUGUACAGAUGAUGGGUAGAGGAAAAUAUUUAAGAAAUAAAG